AUGGAACACCUUAACGGCCCAACGAUUCUUUCUGGAUUCCUCAUGUCCAGUGCUGUUUACUGGCAUGUUUACUACCUGGCUGAAUACCUCGUCCGCAAGUAUGCUCCAGCAGUCCACGAACGACUCAAGAACGAGGACGAAUUACGGAAGCUUAUGCCCCUCGUUAUCACGCUUGUUCGAAUGGCCUUUGGUCUCACUGUGGUUCUGCCAUCCUGUGUCCAAGCUGCGAGAACUACGCCAUGGGGAGUUGAUCAGCCCCUGAACAAUGCAGGGAAAGUCUGCGUCGUAUCACAGCUUGCAUUAUGGUCCAACGAGCUGCCUCAGACACGGUUCUUCUCUAUGGAACUCUUCGUACAUCAUAUUCUAUGUCUCCUUGCAACAGCCAACGUCAUUCUUUCUCCACCGAUACACCAGAUCAAACCCCUCUACAUCUACUUUGCGUCACAGCUUGGUGAUCUGGGGCCAGGAUCUGUCAUGAUACUACGAAUGGCUGGCUAUAAACUCAAAACUUCAAAGUUGUUGUACACCGUUUCCUUGGGAUCGACACUGCUGUUGAUCUUGGGUCGUAUCGGGAGCGCUGUCUACACCCUCACCCACACCCUCACUGACCCCUAUAACCUUGCCGACUGGGUAAGCGCCGUCGGAAUCUUAGUUUUUGGGUCCUACUCUACAUAUACUGCCUUUCAACACUUGAGACGCCUCGAGAUCAUCAGAGUUGAUCCCGUGAGGUACAAGGUCACCUACCUCUGCCAGUUCGCAGUGCCUAUAUCGCACUCAUUACUGGCAGUCGCCUGUAGCGCUACGCUUCUGUCAAGCUUGGUUCUGUAUGGAAUCUACCUUGGACGGCCCUUGAAUCCUGGCGAAACACAUCGACUGUCACUUCACGGCCUUAUUGCCGUUGCACUCGGCAUAACGGGAGCUUUGGCCGCAAGGCUCGCAUACCCGCAUAAUGCCUCCCGAUCUAAUCCAUGGGGGCGUUUGUACGUUCCGUUUGGCACGAUCUUGACGGUUGCAUGUAUAUCGCUCAUCAGCACUUUCACGAGUUACAUAGACCACAACACAGUUAUGGCAUCGAUAGGGGUCAGCUUACCUCUGUUUUUCAGCCUUGCCAGGGUAGCUCAAUACUAUGCAGCUAAGGAUGUAGAAGUAGCGCGUGAUGCGAAGCUAUUUCCAGGCGACAGCUUUGUAAGGAGACACGUUGAGAUUGCGCUUGAACAUGCUGUCAUAUUCGUCAUCCUUCUGGGGAUCUUGAUUGUCAACCUCCUGAGUCUCCCAGAGGCAGCCCGUCUUUCAAUUGCAGCAUGCCUUGUCGUGCAACUUCGAUAUCAUUGGGGCAUCACACCUCUAGCCGCUGCAGAUAUCCACGGGCUGGCAGGCACUUUUCUGGCUAUCGUACUCAUCGUGUUCGAGCCUGGCUUUAUUGCUUUUGCCACAACUGGAAGAUUCAUCCGCCUUGAAAGUGCCUGGUCCGCCAUUUUUCAGAACUAUCUGGUUCUAGGAGGAACUGUUAUGGCUGCUAUAUUUGUGCCUCGAUCCGGGACUGCGUCAAGGCCAUGUGAGACUAUGAAGAAGCCUUGCAGGUCAAAGAGGAUCCAUCCUAUCACUAUCGCCUUCGUCUUCUUCGGCAUUUUGCAGGCAAUAAUGAUUGCCAAGUACAUGACUUUCGAUAGGAAGACACCAGAGAUUUGUCCCGGUUUUGUGAACUUUAGAUCCAUCUUUUCAGACUUGUACACUUGGGUGGGCGCACUUCACAUGGCUUUAUUGCCUGUGGUUAUUUUACGGGGGUUGGAGUAA